AUGAAAAAAAUCAAGCAAACAAACAAAUAAAUAAAUAUUCUUUUUUAAAAAAUUAAAUUGUAAAUAAAUAAUAAACGAUCAUUUUAAAUUUACUUACAUAAACUGUAAAGCAAAAAUACUGUUUUCAAGAAUAGGAUCAAUAAUUUAAUUAGAAUAUAAACUAGAUUUGGCUAUAAAAAACUAUAAUAUAGCAAAAUGCUACUUGAAAAAUACAAAAAUUUUACUUUUAUAGAAACUAUUUUAUAAAAAAAAUAAAAAAUAUAAGAAAACAUAAAAUAAUUUCAAAAAGAAUAAGCAAUAAAAUUGAAUUUGACUUAAAUAAAUUAACAAACAAUUUUAAUUAAGAUUCAAGCCUGUUUAUUAAAAUAAUCUAAUGGCGAAGAAAAUAAAAAUAAAGAAAAAAAAAGUGUUCAUAAAUAGAAUUUUAUAGAAAUAUUUAUUGUUAUUUUAUGA